UUCACCCAGGGGCGGACUGACCAUUUGCAAACUUGGGCACUGCCCGAGGGCCCGGGGUCAGUAGGGGGCCCCAUGAGAUGCCCCUGGUACCUUUUUCAUAGGCUUUUUUGAGUUUGGGCAAGGACACAGGGGCCCCAUGAUCCCCUAUUGCCCGGGGGCCCCAUGAGGUGUCAGUCUGCCCCUGAUUUCACCUGUACUUAAUGCUGCAUCAGGGAGGUUCUGUCACGAAGCUUUCCAUUUCCUAGCAAUGUCUG